UUUUGUUGUCUUCAUCUUUUCCUUUCUCUCUCUCUCUCUAUCUCUAUCUCUCUCAGUCACUGUCUACAGGAAAUUUUUUUGUGUGCAGACAAACAACACAACCGAAGUGAGCAGAGAAGAAAUUUCCCCAAAAAAAAAAAUAAAAUUUUGGUUGGGGAAUCAAACCCUAGCUAGAGCCUCACAGCGCUCUGCAAUGGAGUCUUUGUCAAGGCCAUCGCAGAGGCGGAAGCUGCCCAGCGCCACCAAUGGCGUGUCUUUCUCUGCUAAAAACGCGUACGACGACGUUUUCUCGGGCCAGCCGAACAAGCGCGGAGCUGCGCCGAGCAGGGCGGUGUGGGACUACGCUGAGAUUUUCGGAGCCUCCCGCGGGUCGUCCAUUCCUGUUCUUGAUCUUUCGGUUCUCGAGGACCGGGCGGGCGGGUCGGGGGAGGAUUUUCGGAGCUCCAAGCUGGAUUAUUCCAUGAUCUUCGGUGGGUUUGAUGAUGAGGAUAUAGCUUUGCCGUAUGAGGACGUGGUUAGCAAAAGAGGGAAACAACGGUCUUCUAGUAAAGCUCGGACUCGUUCCCAAGGAUCGGAUCACUCUACAUCUUCUGAAACGAAUAAAGUCUUCUCAUGUGAUCCUUCUGAUCAAUCUUUCGAUGGGAAAAAGCACUUUAACAUGUCAUAUCAUAAGACCAGUCAAGGAACCGAUGAUGGGUCAAAUGGGAUGACACACAUCGCUGAACUCCAUGCUGUUCCGGGAUUUACCUAUUUUAUCGAUGAAGCUACUCAACUAAAGACCGCUGGUAGUGGGCCCCCGCCAUAUGUAAAAAGUGAAGCCUAUCGCAAGAGGAGCUUAAGUGGGGAAAUAAAUAAAAGAUCUGCACGGGAAAGGGAUCUCCGCUUCAGUGGAGAAAUAAAUAAAAGACCUGAAAGGCAGGCGGAUCUCCGCUUUAGUGGCGAAAUAAAUAAGAGACCCGGAAGGGAGACCGAUCUCCGCUUCAGUGGGGAAAUAAAUAAAAGACCUGGAAGGGAGAUAGAUCGCCAUGUCUCACCAAAGCAAAGUUCAGGAGAUGGGGAACCGAAACAAAGUUCAGAAGACGCAGUCAGAGAUAGGGACAGAUCGAGUUGGGAUAAAUUCCAUUUCAGUGGUAAUAUAUCUAAUGCACAUGAACCUAUUCCGGAAUCAGAUCUAUCUAAGGGAACAAAACCUUCAAGUUCAAGGGUUAAUGACUUCGGCCUUCCUAAACAAUCAAAAUCUUCAAACGUUGCUUCUAAAGCUGAUGGAUUUCAGAGAGCUGCUGCUGAUUCCUCGUUACAUUCUUCCGAUGAGGAACUUGAUGUAAAUUCAGAUGCAGCUGUUUCUGCAGCAGCUCUGAAGAAGGCUAUACAGAACGCUCAAGAGAGUAUAAGGCUGGCGAAAGAGCUAAUGGAAAGACAGAAGGAAGGCAUUCCAUCCCGUCAGAAGCGAAGUUCUAAAGGCAGCUCGAAAGUUGGAGAUAAAGAACAUAGAAAGGGGCACAACUCAGACAGUACAAAACCCAAAAAUACGAUAUCUAAUAAGCAUGCAUUGGAGGAGGGAGCUGCCUUCAGGAAUGGUGCUAUUGCUUCACACUUCAAACAAAGUGGGGAAAUUUCUACCGAUGGGGACUUCAAACCUGAAUGCCACAAGGAACACAUUGUAGCACCUGAGAGUGACGCUGCAGAAAAAUGGAUUUUUGAAAUGUUAAAUGGUGUAAAACAUGAAACAGCCACAGUUACGUCUCUGCGUGUAGAAGAAAAGAAUAAUCCUGUAGCUCCUUCAGUAGUUAUGUCUCAGCGUGUAGAAGAGAAGAAUAAUCCUGUAGCUCCUUCACUAAGGCAGGCAUCGGAGAUUGAGGAUGUGAAGAGAAUUGAUGAGAUCGGAGAUCUAGGAGAAGGAACUACCAAAGGCAUAGAACUUACCGAAAAGAGUCAGAAUAAUCCUGUAGCUCCUUCACUAGUUAUGUCUCAGCCUGUAGAGGAAAAGAAUAAUCCUGUAGCUCCUUUACCAAGGCAGGCAUCUGAGAUUGAGGAUGUGAUGAGAAUUGACGAGGUCAUAGAUCUAGGAGAAGGAACUACCAAAGGCAUAAGACCGGCUGAAAAGACUCCUGAUCUGGUGGUCUCAGAGACAAAGAUAAAUGAUCUUGGAAGAGCUGAAAAGCUGGAAGAAACUGUGUCUAACUUGGAUUCGGCUUGGAUUGUGCCUGAACCAGGAAAAAGUGAGAAUUUGAGUGUCAUUAAUAAACUUGAAAUCAGUAAGAAGACUGACAAUAAUUUUGAUGAUUUGGGGAAUCUCGAGAAAAUUCAUAAACCGCACAGAAAAGAAAACUUUGAGUUCCAAGAACUGGAGAACAAUACUCUAUUUAAUGAAUCAGACAAGCCAUUGAAAAAUGAGAAGGAAAAGCAGGAGUAUUUUGAAUGUGGUGAACUGCCUAAGGUAGUAGAAGAUGUUCAUCAUUCUAAACAAAUAAACAAGAGGGUACGGAAAACUUGGGAUAAAAAAGAAAUUGAGCUUGACCAUAGAAGAAACGUUCUAUGGGUUGAAAAUGAAGAUAAGUCACAAGUAGGCUUCAUUGAAGAAAGCUGUGAGAGCAGCCACCAAGUUUCCCAAGAGGGAGUAGAAAAUGAUGAGAGAUUAAAUGGAGUUUGCAAGACUGAAAUUCAUGAAUGCAGAGAAAAACAGAGACUAGAAGAAGAGCAUGUAAGACUACUGAAGAGAACUGAAGAGGGUUACAAAUAUGAGACACCAGAUGGGAUUCACAAGCCUGAAACUCAUGAACUGGAAGACUCUGAGAAGAAACUGGAUGAAGAACAUGUCAGAGUAGAGGAGAGUGCUCAAGAGGUUUGUAGCAAUGAGGCAGUUAAUUGUAAUGUGAGAGAGACUGAUGAAGGAACAGAAAAUCAACACAUUGAAGAAACGCAAGGGGAUGAAGGAAUUGAGAAUGUGGAAAGAGCAUCUGAUACAGACGAACGAUAUCAGAAGAUAAAUGUAACUCGAUACAGGGAGGAAGAAACCAGGCAUAUGCAAAGUGAAGCUGAUAAAAGUGAAAAAUAUCAGGGGAUAGAUGUUGCUUUGGAGGCUGCUAAUGAGCAAGGGGCUGAAGAAAUUCAGAGCAAGGAAAGAGCAACUGAUGAAGAUGAAGAAUAUCAGGAGAGGAAUGUACCUCUCAAUAGGGCUGAAGAAACUGCAUGUACUCAAAGUGGAGCUCAUAAGAGUGAAAAAUAUCAGGGGAUAGAUGUUACCCUGGAGACUGCUGAUGAGCAGAAGCCUUACCCAACUUCUAGUGCAUGCAAUGGCUAUUCAAGUUAUUUGUUUAAUGAGAUUCGAGAAGAUUGCACAUCCCAGGUAAAAGAAAGCAGUGUGGAAACAAAUGAACAGGCUUCUUCCUAUAAUGAAAAUGAGGGACUGCAGGGGCGUGCCGAUACUUUCUGCAAGCUUGAAGAGGAUAACAUGGAUGAUUUGAAAGAAAAUAAAGAGCCAUGCAAUUUGAGGGAGAAAAAGGCAUCUGACACUACUGGUGAUCUUCAAAGUGCUCUUGAAAGGGAUAUACAUCUGAAUGGAAGGCAAGGUACUGAUGAGGACCACUUUUGUGAUGCCUCUAAAGCUAACCUUGGUUUUUCUUGCAAGAAAAAUGGACAAGAAAUUCAAAACGAGAGGCAGGAUUCUGAAACAGAUGGCUUGACUCACAAUGCAAUGCAAAAUGAAAGGGAGGAUAUUGAAAAAGAUAGUGCAACCAACAUCUCCAAUGAGAAUGUCUGUGGGUUCAAAACAGAUGAUGUACCCGAGAUCCAAACUUCUGAAGAAAUCGCAAAAUCUGCUUUUAGUGGCGUAAACCUUGGGGAGAAAAUAAUUGCUGAGAAUGGUAAAGAAUCAGAGCUAACCUCCAAUGCUGUCAAUGGUGAGAACUUGAGAGUAGAGAAAUCUGCACAGGACAAGGAAACCAUCAAGGAGAAUGUAGUCUUCUUUGAUAAUGAAACAGAUAAAGAUGAUGUUCAAACAAUUCAUAAAGAAAGUAGCACUGCUGAAAAUAAAAAGGAACAGGAACCUUCUCAGUUUCCCUCGAACAAAAGUGAGGAAUCUAGAGUUGGUGAUAAAGAAAUUAAAACAGAAGAAAGUAAGGAAACAAGCAAUUCCAAGAAAGUCUUUGUCGCUGAAGAGAAUGAAAUUAAAAAAUCUGGGCAAAAAGCAGUAGGAGAUAAAGAUCAAUGUAGAAAAGUUGAAGUAGGCAAGAAAGAAAGAGAACGUGACCGAGAUAGAAUAGCUGUUGAAAGAGUCAUCCGUGAAGCUCGUGAGAGAGCAUUUGCUGAUGCCCGAGAAAGGGCUGAAAGGGCUGCGGUUGAAAGGGCUACAGCAGAAGUUCGACAAAGAGUAAUGGCUGAGGCAAGGGAAAAGGCUGACAAAUCUUCUGUAGGUAACAAAACAUCAGUUGACAAAGCUUCUGCUGAAGCAAAGCUUAGAGCUGAACGUGCUGCUGUAGAGAGAGCAACUGCUGAAGCACGUGAGCGUGCUUUGGAAAAGGCUUUGUCACAGAAGACCACUGCUGAAGUAAAAGUGCUGGCAGGAAAACUUGGUAACGAAAAGUAUUCUGGUACUUCUCGAGAGAAUGCAUUAAGGCAUUCUUUUUCCUCUUCUGACUUGGAGAGAUUUGAUGAAACCACUGAAUCAGCUCAGAGGCGUAAAGCAAGGUUGGAAAGGCACCAAAGGAUUAUGGAACGAGCGGCGAAAGCUCUAGCAGAGAAGAAUAUGCGUGAUCUUCUAGCUCAGAAAGAGCAAGCAGAGAGAAAUAGACUAGCAGAAGUUCUGGAUGCUGAUAUCAAGAGAUGGGCUAGUGGGAAGGAAGGGAACCUGCGGGCACUUCUUUCUACCCUGCAAUAUAUCCUUGGACCAGAUAGUGGUUGGCAUCCAAUCUCUCUGACUGAGAUUAUAACCACAGCUGCAGUGAAGAAAGGUUAUAGGAAAGCUACUCUUUAUGUUCAUCCUGACAAACUGCAGCAAAGGGGGGCAAGUAUUCAGCAAAAGUACAUAUGUGAGAAGGUUUUCGAUCUGCUCAAGGCUGCAUGGAACAAAUUCAACUCAGAAGAGAGGUAAGGACUGAAGAUGGCAGUUCCAAGCAGGCCAUCUUAUGCAUACUCUAUGUGCAGUUCUUUUCAGAAGGGGAAUGAAAUAGAGGGUCCAAGGCAUUGCCUGUAAUUUUGUCCUGUAUUUACAUUGGACUAGCUUAGAGAUUAUAAUUUAACUAUUAGAAGCAUGUAGCCAUGCCAGAAAUCUGAGUUUCAUGGGCUCAUUUGAAAAGAUGAGAUGAUUAUUUCAACUGAGUCAAACCCAUGUAGAUGUGUAAAUUUGAUAUGAUUGAAGGGCUUAGGGAGAAGAGACAGUUAUCAUGUCAAGUUCUA